AUGGUGCAUACGGAGACGAUUGAAGGCGUUCCCCAGGAUAAUGGUGGCUCCUAUAACGAGGUUCAGGACUAUGAGUCACGGUCAAUCGACUUGCGCACAAUCCUGGGUCUAUUGGCCCUCGGCGUCACCUAUGAAGCGUGCGUGUUUUCGCUUACUUUGCCUGCGGCCAUCCUCCUCACCAUCAACGAAGGGGUCGGGCCGUCCAACAACAUUGCAUGGGCAGUAACCUCAUGGGCACUUGCGAGUGCGGUCGUCAUGACUAUCGCCGGUAGAUGUGGCGACAUCUUUGGACGCAAAAACUUCUUCCUUGUAGGGAAUCUGUUGGGUGCCGUAGGAUGCGCAAUUGCUUCCAGGGCGACAACCGCAUCAUUGAUCAUACUCGGAGGCGCAUUUUUAGGCCUUUCGGCAGGGCUUCAACAACUCGCAUUUGCAGCGGCAAGUGAGAUCGUACCAAAGAAGAACCGUGGGCAGUCUUUUGCUUUCAUGAGUCUUGUAUCGAUACCCGGUUCGUCCUUUGGAGGCCCAAUAGCGAACCAACUGGUCGCCCAAGGGUCGUGGAAGUGGGCCUACUACGUAUGCCUGAUUGUCAACGUCGUGGCUUUCAUUCUCAUAUUGGUCUUCUACUGGCCCCCUGAUUUUCUCGGAUUGCAUCCAGACGGCAAGACGCGACGCCAACAAUUCUUCGAGCUAGAUUUCGUCGGACUACUCCUCUUUGGUGGCGGCUUGACCGUGUUUCUCGUCGGCAUCGGGUUUGGAGGUAAUCCAUAUCCUUGGACGAGUGCCGUUGUCCUCGCUCCGACAAUCAUCGGUGGUCUAUUCGUCUUCGUGGCCUUUCCUCUUUGGGAGGUGUACGGUCCUAACAAUAUUGCAAAACUCUGUCCACCUCGAAUAUGGCAAGAUAUAAGAGCAGUCGUCGUCCCACUAGUAGUUUCAUUUACAGGUGGCAUGGCCUUAAUCACGCAACUGCUUAAAGCCGGUGUUAUCCUAGGAGUAAAUGCAACGAGCAACGAGCACACUCCCGCUCGCGCGAUUGUGCUCGUUGGUCUCGCAUCUUUAAUGAUUGGCGCCACCAACUGCAUGAGUAUCCUCAUUGUGCAACUCGGGGCGCGCGACGAGGACAUUGGACUCGCCACUGGCCUGGUCAACUCCGUGCGAGCCACGGGGGGCGCUAUCGGCGUAGCCAUCUACUCAAGCUUGCUUACGAACCGGGUGAGCAGUACAUGGGCCAAAGACAUCGGCAGAGCACUAACCCAGGCUGGCUUACCUGCUGCUUCCCUAACACCAUUUCUCAGUCUUGCAAUCAUUGCUGCGCUGUUUGUUGCGGACGUGGACAAGAGACUCACAAAGCAGGUCAACAUUCAGCUUGCCCGACCGCAUCUCGGAGGCAGCGGAAAUAGUAAAGCGAAGGUAUUACACGAGCCGGAGGAUCAGUGCAACAGGCAUUAG